UGUCAUAAAAAUUUGCACCCGAACUCGUUUGUUAUAUCAUAGGAUGCUUACUGAAAAUUGAGACUUGAGAUAAAGCUAAGUUAUGCCUUCAUUGCUAACACAGCAUGAUAAUUAUGACUAAGUACAAAUUCUGGAGGGAUGACUUUCAUUUUGGUACAAACCAUAAGAUGUAAAGAUUGCGUGGAGUGAUCUAAAUUGUGGAUUCUGUUAACCCAAAAUAAGAUAAUUGCCCUAAUUAUCCGAAGAAUUAGCUUACUAUCAAAUGGUGUUCCAGAGUGCUAGGCUGAUAUUCUGAGCCAAACAGAACUAAUGAGUUACCGAAAGUCUAGCUCUUACAAACAGAUUUAGUCAUUUACUGUCACUAGAUUAUGUGAAAUAGUGAUAAUUUACUGAAUCUCUCACACAAAAUCACUGUUGAGCAGACUCCAAAAUACCAAGAAAGUAACUAUACUGUCAUUCUCGCCACUAUGAGGUAUUACCUGGAAGAUAUUCCCAGUACAAUGUCAGGCUAUUUUAGACCACUCUUUAUGAUGCAUACUCUUUUAGAGCUUAGGAGUCAAGCCAAAUCCCAGACAUUCUCAUGGAGCCCGGUUGAUUCAAAUUUGCAUUUAAAGCUGUAGAUAAUGAAGCAGAACUAGUUGUGGGUGCAUAAAUGUCAGGAAUGUGAUAUUUCAUUCCUUUGCUGCUUAAAUUAGCACAGAGUUAUUAAAAUCUGAAGAAGUCAGAAUCCAACUUUGGUGAGAUAAUUUGUAUUUAUGAAUGAAUUAUUAAAGCAGAGAUUUCUCUAUAAUGGCAUUUUUCAGAUAAGUUUUGAAGUGGAGAGAAGAGGAUCAGGACAAUCAAAAAUGACUGCUUUUGAAUGAGAUUUAGUGAAACCCAGCAAAGCUAAGCCUUAAAGCACAGCCCUAAAGCUUGGCUUAAACAAGUUAGGCACGUAUUCUGAAUUUUUAAACCAAUAUAGUGCAUAAGAGUUUGAGCAUGAUUCAUAAAUCUCCUUACUUGCUUCAUAAGGAGCUGAAGUAGGCCCAGCAUGGGCUGGGUAGGCCAAUCUUUGGGGUUUUG